CCUCCUGUCCGCAGGAUGCGGCGCUGCGGGCGGCGGCAGCUCACAGCCCCCGAGUGCACGGCCCUGGCCCGGAGCCCCGAGGGCUCAGCCCCGCUCAGGCACCCCCUGAGCCUGCCCCGAGGAGGAGGAGGGGGAAACCGGGGCCUUCAUCCCAUCCACGGCACACGGAGACAUCCCAGAGCCCCAGGCCAGCAGAGGAAGAUCUCGGAUUUCUUUGGGAUCCUGAAGUCGCCGCGAGCGGGAGGCGCUGGGAUGCCGAGCCCUGGGAUCAAGGAGGAGCCCCUGGAUCCCUUUUCCCCUGCACCUCCUGCUUCCCUCAGCCAGCCCUCCCUCUCCCUGCCUGCCCAGGCCUUGGUGCCGCCUCCCAGGGCCCGCUCCAGGAAAAGAGCGAUUCCCAAAUCGGAGCAGGAGCUCUGGGAGGAGCCUGAGGAGAAGAUCCCAGAGCUCAGUGGGAUCCAGCAGGAAUGGGAGGAGCUGGAGGUGGAGCCCCUUCCCGAUUCCCACUUCGGGCUGCUGGGCACGCCGAGCUGGCAGGCUCCUCAGGGGUCCAUGGAGGACCUUCCUCCUGAGAUCCUCAGGAACAUUUUUGCUUUCCUGCCAGUUCUGGAUCUGUACCAGAACCUGAGCCUGGUGUGUCGCUGCUGGAGGGAGAUAAUCCGGGAUCCACGGUUCAUCCCUUGGAAGAAGCUGUACCAGCAGUUCCUGAGGAGGGAGCAGUCAGCCCUGCUGAGGGUGGAGCAGAUCCUGCAGGAAUUCUCCAUAGCCCAGGAGCACCAGGGCUGUGUGCUGGGGCUGGUCAGGUUGGUGUCAUGCACAGGAGCCAGGGUGGAUCCCAGCAGGCUUCUCCAGCUCUUGGGAACCCAUCCCCUCUUCCCAAAGGCUCACUUCUGUGUCCUCAGCAAAUUCCCAGAUUUGCACAGCAAGCCUGGGGCAGAGAAGAUGUGGGCCGUGUUUGCUGUCAUGGUGCUGUUCUCUGACGGCGUUGGGGACAUCCAGAGGCUGCUGGAAUGUUUCCGGAGCCCCCGCUCGGAGCUGGCCCUGCUGGAGGUCACCGAGGUGCUGCACUGCAUGGCCACGCUGCUGCUGGCCAUGAGGAACAAGAGCAUCCCCAUCUCCAACAGGCUUCACUACAAUAUUUUCUACUGUUUGUAUCUGAUGGAAAAUGCCUCUGGAAUUGUGCAGCCUCUGCAAGAGGGAAGGAUGGAUUUGUGUCCCAGUGGACGGGCUGAUGUCAGACUGACCCAUGAGCAGCAGAGGAUUCUGAGUCACAAAAUUGAGCCUGGCCAAACAGUGAAAAUAAUGGCAUUUGCAGGCACAGGGAAAACCUCGACCUUGGUGAAGUACGCGGAGAAAUUCUCGGAGCUGAAAUUCCUUUACCUGACUUUUAACAAAGCUAUGGCAGAGAAGGGGAAGAUGGUUUUCCCAAGGAAUGUCACCUGCAAGACCUUCCACUCCUUGGCUUUUGGAAGCGUUGGGAGACGCUACAAAGAGAAAGGCAAGCUGAACUUCUCCAAGAUGUCAGUUUAUUCCAUCAGCUUCCUCCUGCGGAACAGGGAGGGCCAGUCCCUGUUUGUGAGAGGGAAAACGGUGUCCCAGACCUUGGGGAACUUCUUCUCCUCCUCAGAUGAGGAGAUCUCUGAGGAGCACGUGCCCCUGUGGUUCAAAAACACUCAUGGAAACAUGGAGCAAGUGAGCCCGCAGGAAAAGAGGAUCAAUGUGGAAGAGGCCAAAGAGAUUUGGCACAACAUGAAGAAGCUGGAUGGAGAUGUAGAGAAGAAAUACAAGAUGACUUGUGAUGGAUAUUUGAAACUCUGGCAGCUCAGCAAGCCCCAGCUCUUGGGAUACCAUGCCAUUUUUGUGGAUGAAGCUCAGGAUUGCACUCCAGCCAUCGUGGAUAUUGUGCAAUCCCAAAACUGUGGGAAAAUCCUGGUAGGAGACCCCCACCAGCAGAUCUACACCUUCAGGGGAGCUGUCAACACCCUGUACCUGGUGCCUCACACCCAUGUGUACUACCUGACCCAGAGUUUCAGGUUCGGCCCCGAGAUCGCCUACGUGGGAGCCACGAUCCUGGAUGUGUGCAAAGGGAUCCGCAGCAAAACCCUGCUGGGAGGGAACCAAAAGGGGGACGUGCGGGGAGCCCAGCAGGGGAAGAUGGCGCUGCUGUCCCGCAGCAACUGGAACGUGUUUGAGGACGCCGUGGAAUUCUGUGGGAGAGACCCCCCGGCCAAAAUCCAUGUCAUUGGGGGAUUGGAGAGAUUUGGCCUGAGUAAAAUUUAUGAUAUUUGGAAGCUCAGCCUGCCUGCAGAUGUCAGGAAAAACUCCCACCUGGAGAUCGAGGACCCCUUCAUCAGGAGGUGGGCCGGGGCCGAGGGCCUGCCGGGGCUCCGGGAGUACGCGGCGCGCGUGGACGACCGGGAGCUGGAGGUGAAGAUCUCCAUCGUGGAGAAGCACAGGGACAGGAUCCCGGAGCUGGUGAGCAGGAUCAGGGCCAGCCACGUGGCCCAGGAGGGCCUGGCAGAUUUUCUCAUCGGCACCGUGCACCAAGCCAAGGGCCUGGAGUUCGACACCGUUUGUGUCGCGGAUGAUUUUGUGCAAAUCCCUUCUGUCACUGGGGACUUCCUGAGGAGAGUGAACAUUGCCCUUGGCAGGACCCCUGAGGACGAGUGGAACCUGCUCUACGUGGCCGUGACCAGGGCCAAGAGGUGCCUGCUGAUGUCCAAAUCCCUGGAGAACCUUCUGGCUCUGGCUGGAGAGCGUUUCCUGCGGGUGGAGCUGCUGAGUGAGGCUGGCAAGGACAAGGCUGGAGCUGCUGUUGCUUGUUGUGUGCCAGGAUGUACAAACUCCCUGGAAGUCACCUCGGGGCUGGUGGUGAAGAAGCUCCCGUUGACUCACAGCGACGGCAGCCAGGAUCCAGGGGGAUUCCUUUGCCAGGCUUGCACCUGGCUGUUCUUCGGCCCCCUGACUCCACUCACCUCUGUCCCAGCGAUCCAGUAGGAGCCCAUCCAGCUCUAACAAAGCCCCCCAGCUUCCCAGAGCUAUCCUGGAUGUGGGACAAAUCCUCUUGGCACAUCCCAGCUCCAAAAUCAAGUGGAUAUUGGAGCAAGAUUUCAGCUCAGCUUCAAAUUCCAGGUGGAUGUUGGACAGGAUUCCAGUCCAGCUCCAAAUUCCAGGUGGAUUUUAGAGCAGGUUCCAGCUCCAGAAUCAGGUGGAUGUUGGAGCAGGAUUUCAGCCCAGCUCCAAAUUCCAGGUGGAUGUUGGAUGGGAUUUCAACUCAGCUCCAAAUUCCAGGUGGAUGUUGGAGCAGGAUGUUCCCAGCUCCACAAUCAGGUGGAUGUUGGAGCAGGAUGUUCCCAGCUCCACAAUCAGGUGGAUGUUGGAGCAGGAUGUUCCCAGCUCCACAAUCAGGUGGAUGUUGGAGCAGGAUGUUCCCAGCUCCACAAUCAGGUGGAUGUUGGAGCAGGAUGUUCCCAGCUCCACAAUCAGGUGGAUGUUGGAGCAGGAUGUUCCCAGCUCCCCAUUCCAGGUGGAUGUUGGAGCAGGAUGUUCCCAGCUCCAGAGGGACUUCCAGGCUCCCUGGGGACCAUGUGAUGCCUUUCCUCCAGCCCUGCCUCAUCUUCCAGGAGCUGGGAAUGGGAUAUCCAGAGGAAUCUGCACUUUGGGAAUGGAUCAGACAGAGCAGGGCUCAUUCUGGAACAUUCCUUCUCUUCCUCCUGUCACCAGUGUCCAAACUUCCUGAACAUUUUAUCAUUCCUGGAAAUCCCUCAGACCCACUGGAAAAAGAGGAAACACAACACUGGAAAAUAUCCAAAGAAAGUUAAUUUCUUUCAAAUGAACUAUUCCUGCCCAGCCAUGGGAGGAAAUCACAAAUCUCUCUCAAUUAAUUCAUUUUCCAUCCUUGCAGCCAAGGGAUUUCCCUGGAUUCUUUCCCUCCUCCCUGCAGCCAACCAGGAAGGAAGAAAUGAGGCAGCAGCAGAAAAACUCCUUUGGAUUGGUUCCAGCCAAACUCAGGGACAAACUGGAGAGGGAUUUCCAAUCCUAAAAUUAAAUGCGUAGCCAAAAAAAGCCUUGACACUUCCUUAGUGUCUCUAGCCUGCCCUUAAAUACCCUUUGUUUCCCAGGAAUGCUCAGGUGGAUCACACUCUGUGCCUUGUGCCACAACUCCAGAGCCUGUGCCACAGGAAAUCUAAACUGGAAGUGCUUUAAGGAAUCUGUGCCUGCUGCAGGAAUCUCAGACAUCCUGCUCUGCUCCAUGCUCGGAGCUGCUUCCCUCCCUCUCCUUUCGCUUUCAAGGCUGCCUCCAGGAAUGCAUUCCCAAGCCCUUGGAUGUGGAUGGAAGCUCCAAGGCUGGAGCAGGCAGUGGGUCAGUGCUCCCUGCCAGCCUCUCCUCCUCCCUGGGAACACAUCCUGGCACAAACAGGACAGGAGCAGCCAGGAAAAGCCACGGGAUUUCAGCUGUUGGAUCCCUGCAGCUCCCCAAGCUCUCUGAGACCUGCCAGCUGCAGAGGAAGGGACUGAACCCUUCAUGUCCAUGGUGCCUGAUGGGAAUGUCCUUGGUGCUGUGGGGAUGGAUUCAUCCCAGUCCAGUCCUUCCCAUCCAGUUAAGAACCCACUGCUCUGUUAUUUUUUAUAUAAAAUAUAUUUAUUUAUACAUAAAAAUAAAGAGCUGCCUUU